UAAUGAAUAAAUUUGAAUUGGCCCUCCAAACUUAAUAAGAAUUAUUAAACUAUAUUCUAUCAACAUAAUGGAAAGAUGAUUUAGAGAAAUAACAAUUAGAAGUAAUAUUUUAGAAAGUCUAAGUAUAAUAAUAAAUAUCCUAUUAGACAACUUGUAAUAUUAAAUUAGAAAUAGAUGAAUUCUUUACUAAAGAAAAGUAGGAAUAAUUGAAAUCAUAUAUAUAUGAAAAAUAAUAACAAGUAUUUACAUAAUCAUAAUUUCUUUAAGAUCAGAAAAAUUAAUAAAAAUUUACAGGAAACUCUUAAUAAAUAAGCUUAAGUACGAUAAUCUCCAACAUGUGUAAUUGCUUAAUUACCUCCUAGAUUCAAAAAUAACAAAGAGUCAUACCUAUAAUAAAUGUAAAUAAUAAGAAUAAUAUAUUUUAGUAAUUAUUUCAAAAACAAUUUGAUAGAAUUGAAGAAUUGCCAUUAAAAAUUAUGUUUAGAUAUAGAUAUAAAAUAAUAAAGUGAAACAAUAAAACAAUAAAUAAACUUAUUAUAAAUAGCAGAAAAUUUUAAAUUUGAACUAAAUUGUUUAGAAAGUGAAUUGAUGUAAAAUCGACUUUAUUUAUGUGAAUAAUUUGAUAGUAUAAGAAAAUAAAUAGAAAUUACUAUUGAUGAUAAUUUACUUCAAAAUUUAAUUAGUUAUUGCUCUGCUAUAUCUAAAGGGAAUAUUCUUUUAAAGAAAUAACUUAUUAUUAUAAAAUAAAUAUAUUCAUUUGAUACAAAAGAUUUGUAAUUGAUAGGAAUUUAUUUUUAGUUAUUUAUAAAUGAUGGAAAUGGAUAAGGAAAAUAAAUAAACUAGUUAUUCUCAAGAUACUGA